CGCCUGAGCCGAACGCGCGCGCCUCCGUCCACUCUUGCGCACGACCGCGCGAUAUCGAAACAAGUAGAAUGAAACAAUAAUCGAGUAAGGAAUACUAUCUGCUAGUGUUGAAUCGAGACGAUAUUGUGAGUGAUGCACCUAAGGUUGUGAAUAAGUUCUUAAUAAAAUAAGGGUACGAUGACGGCUGACGUGAAAAUCCUAGAUGGUACCAAUAGAGCAGCCGAAAAGAAGCUCAAUGGCAAUGACUUAAAUAAUACGAAUUUAAUUAAACAUGGCUUUGGUAGUGACAAAGAGCAAAAAAUUAAGGAAAUGGAGGAUAGCAAUUGGAAAGAGAUGAAUAUUUUCCAAAAAACGAGACGGAUGAUGUCGUUGAUCACUGUGGAACCAAUAUUAGCAUGUUACGUGAUGCCUUCCGUCCUAUCAGCUUUGGCUACGCAAAAUCUAUAUUUAGAAAAAGCUUGUCGUGUUAAUUUAGCCUUCGAUCAUCACGUGUGUGAUGCAUUAACAAGAAGGGAAACAACAAAUUACACUUAUGAAGAGGAAGCGGUGCAGACAUUAGUAGCUUCAGUUGCUGGUUGGAAAACAGUGUUGCAAUCUUUCUUGCCUUGCGGGAUAUUAAUAUUUUUGGGGGCCUACAGUGACAGGAUUGGUCAGAGGAAAUUUUGCAUGCUGCUACCGAUAAUUGGAGAGUUUCUGACCAGUAUCGGGUUAAUUGUGAACACAUAUUUUUUCCACGAAUUGCCUAUUGAAGUAGCCGCGGUAACUGAAGCCAUAUUUCCUGCUUUGACCGGUGGUUGGUUCACAAUGUUCAUAGGAGUGUUCAGUUACAUCGCCGAUGUUACGACGGAAGAACAGAGAACAUUGAGAAUUGGUGUUGUGAAUCUUUUCUAUUCAUUGGGAGUGCCUGUCGGUGCGGCAUUGAGUGGGAUAUUAGUGCGCAAAAUUGGCCUUUACGGUGUGUUCUCAAUAAGUGCAUCGUUAUACAUUUUGAGUUUCUUCUACGGGUUCUAUAGGAUAAAGGAAGUCAAACGUCCAGAUUUGAACACUAAAAAACCGAAGAACUGCUGCGAAUGGCUUCGGAUGUUCUUCGACAUCCGUUUUGUGAAGGAAACCCUGACGGUGGCCUUUAAACAUGGCCCGAACAAUAGAAGGCUGCGGGUCAUAAUGCUCGUGAUCGUACUGUGUGUUGUCAUCGGUCCUAUAUAUGGGGAAAUGUCGGUGAUGUAUUUGUUCACUAGAUAUCGCUUCAACUGGAAUGAGGUCGACUUCAGUAUAUUUUCUACAUACUCCAUGUGUACGUCGUUAGUAGGGACAUUAUUUUCAGUUGGAGUGUUUAGCCAUCUUCUUAAAUACGAUGACGCGAUAAUCGGAGUGAUUUCGUGUACAAGCAAAAUCUUAUCCGGCUUCAUGUACGCGUUUGCCACAAAAACUUGGGAAAUAUACAUAGGGCCAUUGAUUGAGAUAUUCAACGGGACAUCCUUCAUUGCAAUGAGGUCUAUGGUAUCCAAGUUGGUGGAUAAAGAUGAAUUGGGCAAAGUGAACUCAUUCUUCGGCGUCGCAGAAGCCAUGAUGCCACUGGUGUAUGCGCCGAUGUAUACUACAGUGUAUACUGCAACUAUAAAGACUUUCCCUGGAGCUUUCUUCUUACUCGGAGGAGGAUUAACUGUGCCGGCAGUGGCUAUUUUCUUGUGGCUAUAUCUAGCCAACAAAAAACAAAUUCAAGGGGAAAAAUCAAAAGGUGUGAACGAAUCUGGUGAUGUUGCAAACGAGAAAGGUAUUGACAACAAGGCUUACGAAACGGACGAGAAGAAAAUUACAAAUCCACAAGUAAACAAAGAAAAUGACACUCAAGGCCAUACGAAUAGUGAUAGUGUUAACCAAUCUCAAAUAGAGAUGGGAUUCACAGAAAAAAAUUUAUUCAUAAGUUUACUAAAAACCCACGAAAAAGCUAAUAGUUUUCAUAUUUAUUGUCACGUGAUUGAAAACGCCUGGGAUUGGCGGACAGUGGCGUAG